AUGGCACCGUUGACUCUGACAGAGAUCUUUGGCCAUGGCAACAAUGCCUACUUCUCAAAUGGAAACGUCGACAGAUUGGCCUUCUUGCGCAUCCAGAACGAUCUGCUGGACAAAGCCUCUACGCAUCCAACUGCAAAAUACCUUACCUUCCAGGACUUGAACGCAUUGAGGCACGAGAAUGGCAGCUUCAACUACCUGACCCAUCAUGAUCUUCAGGAUUACAUCGGGCGACCCUACUCGAAAGACGAAAAGACUCAAAUCCAAGACUUCGACCCGUCUGAACACCAUCCGACGCUGGUCUUCCUCGGCCUAGAUCUAGAAGACGCAGGUACUAGCCCGACUGUACAGCUUGGAGCCUAUCGAGGAGUUCCGUACUUUGCUUUAGACGUGAGCUCUUCUCACUACGAUGGUUUGAAGACCAAGUUGGCGGAGAAGGGCCAGAAGCACACUCCUACCAGAGUAGAUCUUCAGCUUUCACAUAAUGACUCCGCGAUACUCAGUCAUGCACGAUCCGUACUGGACUGGAAUGCUCGCAAUCGAUUCUGCAGUGCCUGCGGCGGUCGGACCCUAUCGACUCAUGGAGGUGCCAAAGUAGUCUGCCCUCCGGUAGAUGCCGGAGUCAAGCGCAAGAACUGUCCCACCAGAACUGGACUACACAAUCAAGCGUUUGCCCGCACAGAUCCCACCGUCGUCAUUGCUCCCAUUUCAGCUGAUGCAAAGCGUAUUCUCCUUGGGCGUGGAAAAAGAUGGCCUGAGAACUACUUUUCCGCACUUUCGGGCUUUGUCGAACCAGGCGAGUCUCUAGAAGUGGCCACGCGCCGAGAGGCUUUCGAAGAGACUGGAGUCCGAAUCGAUCGCGUUCAGAUCCAUUCAUCGCAGCCUUGGCCAUAUCCCAGUACUCUGCUCAUUGGUGCAAUGGGGCAAUGCGUUCCCGGCGGAGAAGACAUCACGUAUCCCGAAAGCGAGCUUGAAGAGGCAAAAUGGUUCGAACUGGCUGAGAUCGAACAUGCCCUAAAUGAGGGCGCAAAUGCCAUGUGGGAGCCACCGAUCAAGGGCUAUGUCGGCCCAAGAGUUCCUCCGCCUCAGCUCAUGGCCCACCAGCUGUUGCGAGGAGUACUGCGACUAUUUCACAAGUGA